UUCAGUAUUUUCAUAUCAUUGCCACAGCCAGCUGCCCCCCCCCCCUCCCCCUCUCUGCCUGCCCAGAUCAGCGUGUCCCCCCCUUGGCACGCCCUCCCUCUGUCGCAGUCUGACCUGGGCCUCCUCUUCUCCAACACCACCCCGUUCGCCUGCUCGCAGUCCCUGCUCAUGGUGCCUCCUACAGGGGCGCGCUCCACACCGGGGGUCCAGGCUUCCUUUGGGCCUUACUUCACCUCACAGAGCCCGGCAGGCCCCUCUGUUCUUCAUCAGGUCGCAUGUUUCUCAUUGGAUGGUUUGGAGGGGAGCUUUAGGGUUGCCAUGACAGUGGCCGUACACUGGUGGGUGGAGUAUUCUGGCCGCAACAGCCCACUCCCGCCCCACGGUGGAGUGGUGAGCACAUUCUCCUUCACAGACCGGGAGAUCGUAGGCAUCGCCCCCAUAACUGAGAGCAGCACGAUCAUCAAUACUGCCAUCCUGAACAGCCAGCGCGUGUCAAUUCCUGUCCUGGUCCUGGCUGUGGGUCCUGAGGGGAAGGUGUCUGACGUCACCGCCGCGGUCACCUGCCGUUCGGCUAACGAGGACAUCGUCAAGGUUUCCAGUGACUGCUCCACCCUCUUUGUGGACGGGAGCGAAUCGGGGGUGGGCAGCGCUUGUGUGGGGGUGGAGUUCCGCCUGGGCAGGCUCGGGGGGGGGCAGUGCGUGUCCGUCUGGGUGCCCGCGCUGCCCCUCCGGGUGUCCCUCUCCGACCCCGUCCUGAGCCCCAUCCAGGGCUGGAGCCAGCUGGCCCAGGGCCGGUGCUCUCCCGUCUAUCAGCGUUCUGCGGUCCAGGUCCUGGCGCAGUUCACUGCUCAGUCUGUGGAGACCGGCCAGCUCACCUACAUGCUGGGUUCACCCGAUUGGUUCAUGGACGUGACUGAACUGGUCCGUGACUGGCUGAAGGUGGAGCACCCAAUGGUGGCUGAGCUCGACGAGCAAACCUAUCUGAUUGGCUUACAGCCUGGAGUGACAUCCCUGCAAGUCAUAUCUAACCAAUGGGAUGGAGUCCUGGGUUCCUGUGAUGUCACUGUGACUGCGGACCAUGUGACAGCCGGUGACCUAUCGGUCCAGUUGGUGGGAGGACUGAGUCUGUCAGUCACUGCCAACCCGGCCCACCCCUCCAUAGUCACGGCAACGGCUAUGGCUCACAACAUUCUGUACAGCUAUGGGCAGGAAGCAUCCUUCAGCGUCUGGCUCCAGUUCAGCGAUGAAACGGCCACGCUAGUCUCCGCCUUCGAGCCCGCCCCCUUCUCCCUGCAGCUGUCCUCAUUGGCUGAGACUGUGGUCGCCGUGACGCCCGGGCCGACCCAGCGGGUGGUUGCCCAGGGCGAUGGGGGCGGACCUUUGCUGAGGGCAGAGCUGCUGGUCUCCACCUGUCAGCCAAUGACUGACUCGGCUCAGAAGCAAGCAGCCAAUGAGAGAGCAGGCGGGGGAGGAAGCGGCGGGACUAAGACGCUAGCCAGGGGCUCUGGUUGGGUGAGAGUGAAUGUGGACUGGGAGCUCCACCCUGAGGGCGGCGAGGAGCCCUGGUUCGAGGUGCUGGAAAUGUCUGACCUGUCUGAGAGAGAGCUGUAUGAACUGACCACUUCCUCCGGCCUGGACAGGGAGGAGGAGGAGGAUGAAGAUGCCUAUGGUGGCAGGAACCACAGCCUGAGGAGCCCACUGGAGAGAGCAGUGCUGAGGCCCGGCCGUAAUGGGGGCGGGGGGUUCUCCCCCCCCAGCAGAGAGGGGGGCGGCGGGGGGGACGGGGAGCUGCAGGUGGGGGCCGGGACCCUGCUCUCCCUCCUCUGCUUCUCCACACUCCUCUUCCUGGCAAACUUCCUCCCCUGCGCCCUGCGGGGGAGAGGGAGACUGCUUGUGGCCAAACUCCACACUGGACCCAUUUCCCCAGGACCUGGCUUCCAGGGACGGGUGGAGUCCGUCUGUGAGGAGCAGCCAGGAAACUACAGCCUGGUCCUCAGUCCUGUGGUGUAUGAUGACCUAGGCCUUUACGAAUGCCAGGACAAGGAUGGGUCCAUUCUUUCAGAUGUGAAGCUACACAUUUCUGAUUUUGAAAAGGCCUUUGACUAUGUGGAUGGGGAGAUGCUGUGGAAAUUGAUGGCGCACUGGGGGCAACAUGGCUCAGGCAGUAAGAGCAGUCAUCUGGCAGUCAACAAACUACAGACAUUCAUUAACCGCCACUAA